AUGACAGAUCGAUAUUCUCGUUUGGUAGAUCAAUAUCACCGUGAUGGGUUUGUGAUAUUACGAAAUGUAAUUGAUGAUCAUUUAAUAAAAGAAUGUCAUCAACAUGUUGAGUUUUUACAAAAGAAAUAUCCAUCUAUACCUGGUGAACAUUUACACCAUCCAAUCAUGCGUAAUGAUCCGUUUUGGGUCCGAUUAAUAACUGAUCAGCAUCUAUUGGAUUUGGUUGCUCUUUUCGGCGCACCCUUCAUCAAACCAAACGAAGGAAUUGCUCUGUUUUCAUCCCAUCAUUUUUGCAAACCACCUAAAACAGGCAUGCCUGUUCUUUGGCAUCAGGAUGGUUCUUAUUGGCCAUUGAAACCAAUGGAUGUGUUAACCAUUUGGUUGGCUAUCGAUGAUAGUGACAGAGAAAAUGGGUGUUUGAGAGUGAUUCGUGGUAGCCACAAACAAGAACUGAACAGUUUGAAAGAUGAUUUGACAGUUAAUAAUGUCUUGGGUAGUUACACGCAUCGAAAUGAAGACAUUGAUCAAAGUCAAAUUGUUGAUCUUGUGCUGAAACCCGGUGAUGUUAGUAUACAUCAUCCAAAUAUCAUUCAUUCUUCAGAAGCGAAUACAAGCGAUCGAAGACGAUGUGGACUCGCAAUCAGAUAUAUUGCUCCUACUACCGAAUGUCUCAAUAAAGAACAGCCAGUGAUGAUGAUGCGUGGUAAAUCUAUAGCAGGAAUUAAUCAUUAUCGAAGCUGGCCUAAAUAUCGUCCUGGCUAUGAUUUUCCAUUUGAAGAUUGUGAACAAUGGAAUGAAAAACGAAGAAUUGAACCGGAAGAUGAAUCGUACUUUGAUAGAACGGAUUAUGAUCAAAUGGAUCAGGAAAUUCAAGAUAAAGUGUUUGCUUUUAUUGCUAAAUUAGGUGGAAAAGCACCACCAAAAUAA